AUAUUCCAGCAUUAUGACUCCAAAUUUAUUUGGUAGUUCGACAACGUUAGUUCUUGAAGCUACUAAGCAGGAUGUGUCGCAAAAUAACUCAGUGGGAGAAAAGGCCUUGAAGCAAAAACUGUUAACCCAAACGACACUAAACUCGCAGCCUAAGUACGAGUGGAAGAUCGUUUGGAGAAACGUGAUAUCUCUUGCUUACCUUCAUAUAGUUGCACUUUAUGCAUGGUAUCUUCUGUUAACAAUGCAGGUCUCACCUCUCACGUUUAUUUGGUAUUUCGCAUUAGGUUGUUUUUCGUGUAUAGGUAUUACAGCAGGUGUCCACAGAUUGUGGUGUCAUCGAUCUUAUAAAGCGAAAUGGCCGAUGAGAGUUAUUCUUAUGGUUCUACACACCAUAGCUUUCCAAAAUCACAUUUACGAAUGGGUAAGGGAUCACCGAGUACACCAUAAAUUCACGGACACGGAUGCGGAUCCGCAUAAUUCGAAGAGAGGCUUCUUCUUCUCGCACGUAGGCUGGCUGUUGAUCCGCAAGCAUCCGGACGUUAUUAGUAAGGGAGCCACGAUCGACAUGAGCGAUCUCGAGAAAGAUCCUAUCGUCGUCUGGCAACGUAGGUACUACGCUGUUCUGAUGCCUCUUUUAUGCUUCGUGCUUCCCAUGUUGGUACCAAUCUACUUUUGGAACGAGAGACCCAUUUACGCGUGGUACGGUGCCGUUUGCAAAUACGUAACAGCAUUGAACGGAACUUGGUUGGUAAAUUCCGCGGCCCACAUGUGGGGUAUGAAACCGUACGACAGCUCCAUUAGCCCUACUGACGGCUACAGCAUCCUCGGUAUCGGUGUUUUCGGCGAGAUGUGGCACAAUUAUCAUCAUGUGUUUCCAUGGGAUUACAAGGCCGCCGAAUUAGGAUACUACCGCAGAAACAUUACCUGUGCUUUCAUCGACUUUUUCGCCUGGCUCGGCUGGGCAUACGAUCUGAAGACCGUGGGACACGACUUAGUAAAGAAACGCGCAGCCCGAACAGGUGACGGUUCGAUAUAUGAGCGAACGGGUGAUCAUAAGGAUGAACUUCACACCCAAGAGAAAAUUAUAUGGGGAUGGGAGGACGCUGAUAUGUCAUUGGAGAAUAAGCUGGCCGCGGAGAUUCUCAAUAAAGAGUCCUGAGUUUAAAUUCCUAAAAAUUUUUGACGUGACACUGCAUUUGGAGUUGCGUAAGAAGUUUCGUCCGACAGACGUUUGGGUUUACAAUUGUAUGGUAUGGUAAAUUUAUAAUAAAUGCGACUAUUAAUGGUAAAAGAUUCGUACUAGCAUGUAAGGUAUCGUAAUUAUCUGUUAAAGAUAUUUAGUAAUUAUGAUUGUGGUGGUUGCACACGUUUCUGGCAAGUGACAGCUCGCGUACUCGCAGAAACUACACAUAGUCGGUCUCGCACAUAAAUGUCACAUUUCUUUGAACGAUUAUAUUCCUAUCGAAUAACGCACAACAGGACUUUGUAUUGUAACAUAUAGCAUACAACAGAUACAAUAUUCACGUUUUUAACAAGUGGGUUCGGCUAUUACUUUGACAACACUCAUCCAAGAUGACCUUCUAGUUAAAAAUGAGAAAUUAUUAAUACGGACAUUUAAGAGCGUCCAAUGAUAUUUAUUGUAUCAAGAGACACGAUAAUGCUAGGUAUAAGCGGAGUGAAACGAAGCGCGCAGGAUCGACCGUAUAGCCUUUUACGAGUUGAAAGGGCCUUACAUUGCCGGAUCUCAAUAAUGGCUGUCUCGAUCAACUUCUAAGUACGUUCAAUCAAUAGCUCGGGUUCGCCUUGCAUGAGAAAAAAAUUUUUAUUUUC